AUGGAUCCUAGAAUCCAUCAGGAGCCGCUUUUCCCCCCUUGUGUUGCACAUGCUGAAUUUGAUCCAUUAAAAGGCAUUUCAAAAAAUAUUCUUCUUGGUCAAUUAGCUAAAAUUGGUACUGGUACAUUUGAUUUAUUACUAGAUAUUGAAAAAUGUGCAUCAGUGAUGGAAUUACCAAUGAAUUUUGCACAAGAUACUUUUAAUCAAAUGAUGAGUGGUCCUGCAAGAAUGAAAUUUGAAAGACAAAAUAUUCAAACACCUUGGAUUGGAUCUUUAUCAACAACGCCAUCAUAUUGGCCAUCAACACCGGCACAAAUGACACCUUUAGGUCCAGGUGGUUUUUCACCAUCACCGAGUUCAGAUACAAUUGGAUUUUCAUCAGCUUAUUCAUCACUUUAUCCAUCAUCACCUGGUAAUAUGUCACCAUCACCUUAUACAAAUAUUCAAUCACCAUUAAGUUGUCAUCCACAUCCACAAUCACCAUCAAAUUAUGGUGUUACUUCACCAUCCUAUUCACCAAAUUCACCAAGUUAUUCUUCAACAUCUCCACAAUAUUCAUCUACGGAUAUUUAUGGCUCAAAAUCACCACAUUAUAGUCCAACAAGUCCAUCAUAUAGUCCUGUUACAAAUCCAACUUAUUCUGGAAGUGGAGCGAAACAAGGUUCAACAUCACCAUUUUAUUCUCCAACAAGUCCUUCAUAUAGUCCAGCAUCACUAUCAUAUUCUCCAAAUCGAUUAUAUUCACCAACAUAUUCAGUUCAAAGUCCAGCAUUAAUCAAUCAAGCUGGAAUUUAUCGUACGUCACCUAAUUAUAGUCCAACUAUUGUUGGCGCCAGAAAGUUUUCCUCAUCUACUUCUGGCGCCAACAAUAGUCCAAGUUAUUCUCCAUCAUCUCCAUCAUAUUCACCAUCAAGUCCUUCAUAUACACCAACAAGUCCAUCAUAUAGUCCAACAUCUUCAACAUACAGUCCAACAUCAGCAACAUAUUGUCCACAAUCUUCAUCAGGUCCAUCAACACCUUCAUACAGUCCAACAUCUCCAACAUAUUCUCCGAGUGGUCAUGGUGGAAGUAGUGCAUCACCAACCUAUUCAUCAACUUAUUCACCAACAUCACCACAAUAUUCACCAAGUUCAUCGGUUUAUAAACCAUCAGGUAGUCAAUCUGGUUAUACAUCAUCACUUUCACCAACAUCACCACAAUACAGUCCAACAUCUCCAACAUAUUCUCCAUCGCAAUCAUCACAACGUUAUAGUCCAACAUCUCCUCAAUCUCCAGCAUCAUCAACAAUAUCUUCAUCAAUCUCCUCACCCCGUACUCAUGAUGAUGAUGAUUUAAAUGAUAAUGGUGAUCGUAUAGAUUAA